CGACGACGAUUCUAUUAUUCAACUACUUACGUUGAGUUUUACAUUGUUACACAUCUACUCAUAAAACAGCCCUUUAUGAACUUUCUCACUUCUUUCAUAGAGUUUUUAUACAGAUGUUUCAACAAUGGAAACCCGUAAUAUAGUCAAGGACAAAACAUUAUACAUCGAAUCCCGUAAAAUAUGUGAGAUGCAUCCUACGAAAUGGCCCUCACUGGCCAGCGUGUGGGGCUCGCGGCGUGCGCUCGGCGGCCUGCACGACCCCAAGGACCCUCUCCUAACACUGCAGACGCUGAAGGCCCUCAAGUCGCUCAAGUCCCUGCAGUCGCUACAAUCUCUGCAAUCCCUACAGUCGCUGCGAGAGCUGCAGGCCAUGCAGCGGCCGCCGCUCAACUGGCCGCACGUCGCCAGCCACGACUUCAUAUUCUACUCAUCAAAAGGGGAAGAACCCAUUAUUCGACUAGAUAAGACACUGGGCCGAGUGCCGGGCGCGGGCACGUUCCCUCCACACUGGCUGCGGCUGCCCGCCACUCCACCGCCACAUUUUGAUGUGGGAGGCGGCGGAGUGGGGCAGACAGGGGCAGCGAGUAGGGCGCGGGGCGAGCGAGGCGAGUGGGGCGGGCUGGCGAGCGGCUGGGUGGCGGGGGCACUGCUGCUGCUGGCCGCGCUGCUGCUCGUACGCUUCGUCGACCGUCUCACCAGGAGGAUACUCAGCCUGAGAAGGCGACCGUCGGUGGAAUGGCCGACUCCUACCGUCCUUGCGACAUCGCAACAAUACUUGGAGGGAGACGACGUGCCUUCUCGAUCGCAGUCCGACGAUAACGCGGACCCGCCGCCGCCGUACUCUGCGUGCGCGCCCGCCGGCAUGUCCGCCGCCGACAAGCGAGCUGUGACCCUCGAGGAGCCCCCGCCGCCAUACUCCGCCUGUUAUGUCGCCUUCUCUAACCCGAAGGAGGGCAUUCCCUCCGUGCAUUUUUACAACGGACAGGGACAAAGCCUUAGUGUGGAGUCUGAGGGGAGCAUUAGUGAGCCCAAACUGCAAAAUGUAAUCAACAAAAGUGAUGGUUGUGAUAAUGUAAUCGUGUCAGCUGUGAAUUCAAGUAGAGAGGAGACAAUCGUUAUAGACUCGAUGCCGUCGACCAGCGGCACGGCCGGAGGAGGGAGACACAUUGUCAAUAUCGGCUGAGCUCUCAGCCUGAGAACAAGCUUUGUUAUCAAACUUCAAGCAAUAAAUAAGUGAUAAUUAUUUUAUCUUAGCUCCGGCGGUCCCGGUUUCAAUAAGUAUACUUGAGGCACAAACUUAGGGUGCGUAGUGACACGGAAAAUAUUUUUAAUCCAAUAACUUCAUGUUGUAUUUAUUCCUAGAAAUGUGUAGAUUUAAAUUGUGCUUAAUUGUAAGUAUUUAGGAACAUGUGACUUUUGUGAAAUAUGACAAUUAUACACUGAAUAUAAUUUACAAACAUUA